AUGAAAAGGCUCCGAAUACUCCGAACAUGCAACAUUGCAACUCGCUCAAUGUUAUGGAAUCAUGGCUUUCUCCAAAGAGAAUAUUCAAAAUGUUUCAUUUCACUUCAACCAACUCAUAACUCUCAUCGAAAAAUUCAACCACCAAAUCAUCCAACAAAUAACCAUCAUGAAAAUCAUCACGCAGAAAAAUUAAACGAAUUACAUCAAAACAAAAUCAUUCCAUUAUUAAUUUCUCCAUUCCAAACAAAUCGAAUUUUAAAUCAACACUUGUUGUCUCUUGAUGCAAAACAAAUAUUUUUCGCAAAUGAUCAAACCCAAGUACAAACAUUGAUGAAUCAAUUAUUAUUGAAUCAAGAUGAAUGUUUGAAAAAUUGCACGAGUGGUAAUGUGAAUGGAUCCAAGUCGACCAUGAUUGUAUUUGAAGGAACUUACCAUAACAUGUUGGAAUUGUAUAAUUCAUUGAAGAAGAGACUUUCAGAACAUUUAAAUUCAAAACAAGAGCAAAAAAUUGACAAGAGUUUAAAAGAAAAGUAUUUGGAGAGUCACUUGUCAAAAUUGGAAUUUACUGAUAUUAUUUCUCGAUUUGGAAUUUUAGGUCAUUUAGAGUGGAAUAAUGAAAAAAAUUCAACGAAUGGAUCGAACACACCAUUGUCCAUAAAAACAAAGGUUAAACGAUUACCUAAAUUGGAUACUUUGAACAGACUUUUACAAUUUACGAUGGAAAAAGCUGAAAAAUUUGGUCCUGUAUUGAGUAGAUCGGACAUUUUCAUUCCAAUUCACUCUCUGCUUUCUUCCAUUAAAUCUAUGGAUCAAUGGGAGAAGAAGGGAAUUCAAAUAAGUCUAUCUGAACAUGAAAUUCUUGAAAUAUAUCCUCAAUUUGGAGUGUAUAGUCCAACAAGAAAAGAAAUAUUCUCAACAUUGGUACGAGAUGCUUGUGAUGGAUUUUUGAAAACUUCUCAAACAUGGAAGCAAAUGAAGAAUGUUAAUAUUAUUGAUAUUGGAUGUGGAACUGGAGUUUUUGGGCUGUUUGUGGCAAGAUGUCUUUCAAGGUUUCCGUCAAGAUCAAAUCCGAAAUUUAAUUUACAGUUUAUUGACAUUAAUGAGUGGGCAAUGGAAUGCACAAUGAAGAAUGUUAAAGUAUUUUCGAACAAAUUUGGAUGUCAUAACUUUCUGGGAACAGUGGAUUACUCGUUGAUGGAUAUUUCAAACAAGGAGGUAGUUCAACAAGAAAUUUUUCAGAAACUGGACUCGAGAAACUAUUCUUCGAACUCACCAACUCUGAAUUUACUCCUUUGCAAUCCUCCUUGGAUAUCCAUUUCUAAACAAGACUCUGAAAUCAUUCAACACAAGAGAGAACGUCUCAACAUGUUCAAGAAUGUCAUUGAUUUGUCAAUUUUUGAUACAGAGCACGAGUUUUUGGACAACUUCUUGAAUCUCGUUCAACAAUUUGUUGCAACGUCAUCUUUAAACAACUCACAAACCUACGGAAUGAUAUUGAUCAGUAAUGUAGGUCAUUUACUUGGUCUAGAAGAAAAGACCAUAUUGGAAACCAUUGAAAACAAGUGCCACCAGAAACGACUCAAAAUUGUGAGAAUAUUUACUUUGAGAAGAGAGGAUGACAAACAUCAUGAUGUAGAAACAUCUCAAAAACAUUCACUCUCUGUAAAAGAAUUUCUCGUCAACAAUCCUCUUGCAUCCAAGCGAAAGAAGUCUCCACAUCAUGAUGACAUUCAGCAAGCUAAAGAGAAUGAGGAAGUCUAUUGCAUAGUAAUUGGUAGUGGCUACUAG